AAGUGGCCGGUCUCCCGCAGUUCCUGAACCGGUAUCAAGGGUGACGAUCCAGCCAGUCGUGAUUAGAAGAAACUGACGUCACGACCCACAGAUGACAGACCAUCGGUGGCUGGAGUUGUGGUUGGCAGCACUGCCGUUCCCACGGUACAGGGCGGGUCGGCGGUCCAGUUUAUAACCCCGGGGUGACACGGGUUGGUCACGCAGGCAGCUCAAAGGGGGGAAACACUGUUCAAGCAAUGCAAGGAGAUAGAAGUAAAGUACUAACAGAUCCAUCAACAACAAGCCAUCAAGCAGUUGAUGGCAUCAAUGUCACAACUGAGUCUUCUAAUGUUAGGGAUAAGAAAGUCAUUACAUUACGAAAUCUUCUACAGGCAGAUCCUCAAGCGGCUGAUGUUAAAUUCAGUUUGUUUGUUGCUGCUUGUCAGAGUUACAGAUAUGACUCUUGUUUGAAACCAUUUCCACCACAGUUCAUCAGAGAUGGCGUUAAAGAUAUCGAUGCUCUGCGUGAGGUUGUCGACAGGAUACCAGCUUUGGUGCUGCUGUUGAAGCAGUAUCUCUGUGAUGCCAACACAUGUCAGGCAAAUCCACAGGUGAUAGAUCUGCUCUACUGGGUUCUGGUUCAACUUAAAGACAUCUGCGUGAAGUCAGUGCCAAGAUGCGAGUUUGACAAAAUUAUGGAGUACGUGCGCUGCGAGACGGCAGCCCCCGCACCAAACCUCAUCUUCCAACUGGUCGGUAACCCUCGUGGCACCAGCGAGAUGCGGUGGCAGGAGGUUUCCGGAGGACACAAGACCCUGUACGCAUUUCAUGGCAGUCGCCUUGACAACUUCCACUCCAUUCUGCACUACGGCCUGCAACAGCAUCUGAACAAGAAUUCGUUGUUUGGUCACGGAAUUUACCUCUCCAGUGAACUGAGUGUGAGCCUGCCAUAUAGUCCCAUGGGAUAUGGCUGGGGGCGGAGCAAUGUUGGCAGCGAAAUGAGCUGUGUGGCCCUCUGUGAGGUUGUCAACCACCCAGAUGUCAAAUGUCAGGAUAAAGAGUCAGAUAAGUCCCGAUCCAUAGCCACAGACAGUAUAGGGGGUGAAGUGCCGAAGAAGUACUAUGUUGCCCUCAACAGUGAUCUCGUGAAAGUGCGCUACUUGCUAGUGUACAGCAAGCAGUCUCAAUGGGAUGACUCCAUAGUAUCCACGUCAUGGCUGGGGUGGGUGAGGCGCCACAAGCUGGUCAUCUUCAUCCUAAGCUAUGUGGUGUUACUCAUCUCUGUGGGGCUCUCCAACAACCAUCUGGUAGACAAUGACAGAGAGCACUUUGUGCGGUACACGCAGUAA